UAGCCUCCCCAAGUCUCUCUCCCUCCUUCCCGUGCCUGAUUAGCUAGCGGGGUGGGUGGUAACCUGGAGUGUCUGCGCUAACGCUAAACACAGUCGCAGUGUGGGAAAUAACGGCUAAAGGUGGACACGGCGGCUGUGUGUGGACACGCCGCUGGACAGAGCAGACAGGCAGGAAUUCCUCUCAGACGGCUUCUCUCAGUUUGGAUCAUGUUUUCUGACUAUACAUAUUUGAGGGGGCAGUAUGCGGUCAGCUGGUUUGUGGGACCUCCGUGGACCCCAGUCUAAAGAUUUCACAUCCCCACCCCUGCACGCCCGCUCCGCCUCUCGCCUCUCCCAUGUGAUUGCUGCGCCACCGGCUAAGCGAAUCACCUUCUACAAGAGUGGCGACUCCCAGUUUGGAGGAGUGAAGAUGGCAAUCCACAAGCGCAGCUUCAAAUGCUUUGAAGCACUACUGGACGACCUGUCACAGAAGGUGCCCCUGCCAUUUGGGGUGCGUACAGUAACCACCCCUAGAGGAACUCACAGUAUUAAACAUCUAGAGCAGCUGGAGGACAGGGGGUGCUACCUCUGCUCUGACAGACGGCAGGCCAAACCAAUCAACAUGGAGCUGGCUGGCAAACGUCCCACCCUCUGGCACCACAACAGCUACAGCCACCGAGUUCCACAGCGACCAGCAGAAGACCCUCCCCCUCCCAGUGGUCCAAGCCACAUCUCUACACGGCAGCGACGCAUCCUAUUGGUCAGGAACAGCGACCCUUCCAUGAGGAGGAGUGUAAUCCUGAACCGGCGUUCAGCCCGGAGCCUCCGGGUGUUUCUGGAAGACAUCUCAGAACUGAUGCAGUGUCACAUCAGAAAGCUCUACACACUGGAAGGACGCAAGAUUGACAGUGUUCAAAGCCUGAUGACAUGUCCAGGUGUGUUGGUAUGUGUUGGUCGGGAGCCUUUCAGACCACUUCUGCUGGAAUAUGUGACAAAGAACUCUGAGCAGAAACUACCUGGACUGGGGACAAGAUCACCUGGCAACGGGGCCCGUUCUCCUGGCAACGGGGCCCGUUCACCCGGUAACGGUCACGGCGCUCGGUCACGGUCUAGUGUCUGCAGUGAAGGACUUGAGAGCAAGAGGAAUGUGAACUUUGGUCUGGAGACUAAGAAGAGCAUCAUCCACCCUCGCUCAGACUCCUCCAAUCGCUCCACCCGUUUCUCUCUGUCGUCUGAGAAGUCCUAUCCCAACGGUCUCAGCACCUGUCCCCACUCACACGGCGGCCGGGAGGCGGUGCUGAACGACGACAUAGAGAAGCGCGUCCUGGUCAACAAAGAUGGCAGCCUCUCCGUGGAGAUGAGAGUGCGCUUCCGUCUCCACAGUGACGAGACUGUCCAGUGGUCCACGGAGAUUAAGAAGUCUCCGCCUGACUCUCUGACCAAUGACUGCUGUCCUCUCAGGGAAGGCCAGCCCCGCUACUUACAGCAGGGCCAAUCAGAAAGUUACUUGGACCCUGACUCUGACUCUUGUGUUGUUGAAACUGCUGACUAUGCCCCCAAGCCUCCACCGCGCCUCCUGGAGGAGCCCCCGCCCCACUGCGCCUGCUGCUACCAGCGACAGGCCGGGGAGUACGACAUCUGGGAGAACCCCGCCCACAUUCAGACCUCUAAACACUCCCACACCAGGGUUAGACACACCCAUUCCUCCAGCUCCUCCUCCUCCUGUCGCUCCAGCAGGGUGGUGAGGAGGCGGGCGAUUCACAGGGAGGGCUCAGAGCGCGGAGGGGUCGUCCAGGAGUGCUGUGUCAGGGAGGAGGUGCAGCGACGGGUGGAGAUGGAGAGGGACGGAGGGAUGGUGGUGUGUACGGUGAGUCGCAGCUGCAGCCGCAGUGAGCUUAACCUGAGUGGCACAGACAACCAAGGGGAGGAGCGACCUCUGUCUAACUCCUCCCACGUGCUCCAGGCACUUCAGGAAGAUGUGGAUGAGCUACCUCCCAGCGCCUCAAGCUGCUGCCAUCAAAACCCCCCUCAGCACCACCUCACUUUGACCCCGCAACCUCUCAGCCACGUGUCCACUCCCACCAGCGAGAGACACAUCCCUGCCCUCACCCCUAACCCACCAGGAAAGGAAGGGAGAGAGGGGGGAGAGGAGCGGAGUGAGAAUGGCGAGGGGAGGGCAAGUGGAGCCUCCUCGCAGCGUUCCUGCUCCUGCUGCGGAGGAGAAGCUGCCUCUCAGGCCGAUCAGGACAGAGCAGCCAGCCAAGCCUCCCACACAUCCAGAUCCUCCCAGAGAUCCAGAUCCUCCCAGAGAUCCAGAUCUCCCUCGAACAGAAUCAGGAUCCCCGUGGCUCCCGAGGAGGGUGAUGAUGAAGACGAGGACGAGGAGAAAGAGAGGGCGGUCAGCGUUAUGUCCACUCACACCGGCCUCUCCGGUGACUCGGGGGGGACCAUCGGGUCCGGGGGCUCUGUGGGGUCCAGGGCGUGUCCACACUGUGGGGGGUGUGGCCAGGGUUCCAGCCCUACGUCUGGCGCCUCACAUUGGUCACACUGUUCAAAGCGGUGUGAGGAUGAGAGGUCAGGGAGCGGACUCUCAGGUGGUUCAGGUGAGUCCGGUUGCUCUCAGAGGACCAACAGGUCAAACUGUACACGUUGCUAUGAAGAGGGACAGGCACCCAGCGGAAUGUCCCACCUUUCUCCCAGGGACGUAGAGGAGGACGCGGCAGAGGACAGUGGGAAGGAGGCAGAGGAGGAGAGUGGAGAGAAGGGCAAGGAGGGGGAGAAAGAGGAGGGAGAAUCGAGUGCCCUUUCAGCCAAAACCUCCUCUCCAGUCAGAACCGGCCGUAAGGCUUCAGAAUGCCCUGCAGACAUUGGUCAAGAGAUGGGGGGAGAUGAGAAAGGGGGAGAGGGUGAGGGGGAAGAGGGUGUAGCGCACAGGUCGGCAAGUAGCAUGUCGGCUAAAUCAAAGCUCUCAACCAAGUCCAGCCGGUCUCAUAAAUCCAACUGUAGCAAAGCAGAAAGGCCCCCAUCCCUGAACUCACCAGAGGCCCCAGCUACUGAAGAGGCUGCAGACGAGGUCGGAGAACAGAGAGCAUCAAGCGCCACAUCAGCUAAGUCCAACCUCUCAUCCAAGUCCAGCCGAUCUCAUAAGUCUACCUGCAGUAGGAAUGUAAGGGCAGUUUCCCCCGGCUCACAGACACCAGAGGCUACCGAACCCUCCCGAGAUGGAGAGACAGAAGAAAGACCAGCAAGCCCCUUAUCGGCUAAAUCCAACCUCUCAGCCAAGUCUGGCAAGUCUCACAGGUCCACCUAUAACAAAGCAGAUGGGUCCACCAAAGCAUCGGGUGGAGCGGCACCUCUCACUUCUAAAGAAGAUGCUGCUGAGGACACAGGAGGAGCAGCAGAGACCGCCCCCAGUGCUACGUCAGCUAAAACGAAUACUUCAGCGACAAAUAGCAGCAGAUCUCAUAGAUCGGCCUGCAGUCACAGGUUAGGAGCUACUUCUGCCAGGUGUGAAACAACCAGUGUACCUGCUGUUGAGAGAACAGGAGAAGGAGGGGUAGAGGGAGAUAAAUCACAGGAGGGGUCAGAGAGCUCCGUGUCAGCGAAAUCUAACGCCACAGGAACGACCUGUAAGUCUCAAAAGUCCAACUGUAGCAAAGCAGAAAGGUUCCCCUGCCUGAACUCACCAGAGGCCCCAGCUACUGAAGAGGCUGCCGACGAGGUCGGAGAACAGAGAGCAUCAAGCGCCACAUCAGCUAAGUCCAACCUCUCAGGCAAGUCCAGCCGAUCUCAUAAGUCUACCUGCAGUAGGAGUGGUAGAGCUGUCUCGCCAAAGCCAGCAGCGUCUGAAACCCCGGUCAACGAAACAGCCGAGCGAGUGGAGAGAGCAGCGAGUGCCAUGUCAGCGAAGUCGCAUACAUCCACCUGCAGUGCAGAAGGACACACUUCCCCGAACUCAGUGGAGGCACCGGUGACGGAACCAGAACCUGCAGGAGUGGAUGAGGGAGGGGAGAGAUCGGCGAGCGCCAUGUCAGCCAAAACCGCUUCUUCGGCGAAGUGUGGUAGGCAUCAGAGGUCGGCCUGCAUGGGCGGCACUAGAGGCAUCUCUCCAAAGCCAGCCGCUUGUGGAACUCCAGUCGAGGCUCCAGGUGAGGGAGAGGGGCCAGAGGGUGCCAUGUCAGCUGAAAUCAGUGCUUCUGGGAAGACAGCCGUGAACGAGGAGAAGGUGGACGAUGCAGCAGCUGCAGGAGACACGGCGGAGAGACCAGCUAGCGCCGUCUCAGCUAAAACCACUGCUUCAGUCAAGUCCGCCAGGGCUCACAGGUCGACCUGCAGCAGGAGGGCAGCGGCUCCAAACCCCAAACCUGCUGAUAUCCCUAGUGUUGAAACGACUGGAGGAGAUGAGGUCAAAGAGGAGAAGGAGAGACCAGAGAGUGUCAGGUCAGCUAAAUCUAAAGCUACAGCAAAGUCCUGCAAAUCUCACAGGUCCACUUGUGGUGGAUGUACUAGAAUUACUGCUCCAGUGGCUCGAGAUAUACCGGUCAUCGAGACAACAGUUGAAAAAGAAGAGGGAGACCAGGAGGGAGAGACCACAGAGGAGAGACCAGCCAGUGUCAUGUCAGCUAAAUCCAACGCCUCUGUCAAGUCCAACACGUCUCAAAACUCCAGUAGUAGUAGAAAGGCAGGAAGUCCGACGACUGGAGCAGCCGUUGCUGAGACCACUGGAGGAGAUGGGAAUGGACCAGAUGCUCCGGUUAAGACUGGGAAGUCCACCUGUAACGGCGUUACCACAGCUCUUUCUCCAGCUCCUACAACCUCAAAAAUCCCUGUCAUUGAAACCACAGAGGUUGACGGGGAGGGAGGGAAAACAGGGAGACCAGCUAGCGCCCUAUCGGCUACAUCCCAAAAGUCUGCUACAUCGCAGAAGUCUAACGGCAGCAAUAGAAUUAUGUUCCCGCAUCUGAAAAAAGAGAGAUGUGCUAGCCCUGCCUGCAGCACCAGAAGAGAUGGCGUUGUGAGAGAAAGUGUCAAGUCUGCCGCGUGCACUAAACCCCAGAGUAAACUAGACUGUUCCGCCAUCAGACCAGUUUCUAGAGCGUCAGAUGCAGAUGUUAAAUCAACCAGACAAGCGCUGGCUGACAUCACUGAUACGGCAAACGAGGCGUCUCAGAGUCAAGGCGCCGGACACUCCAUGAGCAAAACUGACCUCAGAGAUGAUUAUGCCAGAGAUAAUGUCGACGAUAAGAAAACAGCCAGUGUACACUCAAAGAGCGCUGCUAAAGCAACACACGGAGACUCCAGGGCUGUGUCCCAGGGCUCCUCCCGCCCCACCAAGUCCGAGGUGAAAGUUCACAAACCGAGUGAUGCCAAGGAAGAGGAGAGGCCCAAAACUAGCUCUUCCGGCUUCCUGCAAGUGAAUGGUCAAGGCCACAGGGCCAGAGCACAGAGCGACACAAGCAGUGUUCAUUCUGGGAAAACCUCCAAGACUGAGAAAACAGUGAUAGAAGAGAACCCAAGAACAAAAUCCUCUCAAACACGAAACGCAGGUCCCCCUAAAGUCUCCAAAACCACCGUCCAGUCUCAGAAGGCAGACAUCAUUGACAGCCUCCUCUCACGAUCCCUGUCAGCCGCAGACCUGCUCAGAGACAACAUAGCCGCCUCGUGUCCAUCCAGCUCUGCAUGGUCGAAGGUUAGCCUCUCUGAGAACGGAAAGAUACAGAAGACCAGAAAUCCCAGGAAGGAAGAGGUGGAGCUAGAGGAUCUGGAUCCCCUCUGUCUGCCAAAUACCUCUCCAAAUGAUGUUGUGAGUGAUUGGCUGAGAGGAAUCCCUGCAGACAGCGGCAUGGAAAACCCAGAAGAUGAAAUGAAUGAGACAACUGAAGAAACAGAAGUAAAGGAUGAGGAGAAAGGAGGAGAGGAGACAGGGGCACAGGAAGGAGAGGAGACAGUGGUACAGGAAGGAGAGGAGACAGAGGAGAACGGGGUAGAGGAGACAGAGGUACAAGAAGUUGUGGAGACAGAGGAGAAAGAAGGAGAGACUGAGGGAAAAGGAGAGGAGACUGAGGUGCAAGAAGGAGAUGAGACAGAGGAAAAAGCAGGAGAGGAGACUGAGGUGCAAGAAGGAGAGGAGACAGAGGAAAAAGGAGGAGAGGAGACUGAGGAAAAAGGAGAGGAGACUGAGGUGCAAGAAGGAGAUGAGACAGAGGAGAAAGGAGGAGAGGAGACAGACGAGAAAGGAGAGGAGACAGAGGAGAAAGGAGAUGCGAACAUGUCUGAAAUAAGACAGCCAGAAGAGGAAGUACAGGAUGCCGCCAAAGAGGAGGAAAUUGCAGAAGGGGAGGGAGAGUGCUCUGAGUGUGCUGACCCUGUCCCACUCACCAGUAUCAGCACGCCCUCUGGUCCUUACCACCUGGGCCUGAGUAAAGAGCUUCCCCUGAGCUGUCACUCCUCUGUAGCGGUGAUGAAGGUCCUACUGAGUCCUACGAUAGGCCGAUGCCACUCCCUACCAGAGAUAAGUCCAGUGUACGGACGCAGACUGAGCUCCUCAGCCAAGGGUCUGCUGGACUGUCUGGCCCAGCUGCAGCUCAUCGACCCGCCCCCUCCUCCAGCUGCAGGUCCCAGUCCAGACAGAGAUCACCGCUACCAGAAGGUCAUGAGUAUACUAGAGUCACUGUGGUUGUCUAAACCCUACCCUGGGGAGGGAGAGGGAGAGAGGGAGGAGAAGGAAGUACAAGGGAAGGAGGUGGGAGGGGAAAAAGAAAGGCUAAAAGACUCUGGUGUGGACCUCAGUUCCGGCUCCGCUGGGUCGGGUGGUUCUGGGAAGAGCCGACCAGAUGACAUCACAGCGGCUGACUUCACUCCCAUUGUGGAGGAAGAGGCAGAGGGAGGUGAGGUGGGGGCAGAAGGAGGUGAAGGGGAGGAAGCGGGAGGUGAAGUGGAGCCAGAAGGAGGUGAAGGGGAGGCAGAAGGAGGUGAAGGGGAGGAAGAGGGAGGUGAAGUGGAAGUGGAGGAAGGUGAAGUGGAGGCAGAAGAAGGUGAAGGGGAGGCAGGGGGAGGUGAAGCGGAGGCGGAGGGAGGUGAAGCGGAGGCGGAGGGAGUUGAAGCGGAGGCAGAGGGAGGUGAUGUGGAGGCAGAGAAAGCAGCAUCCGCAGAGAUGCUUUCUGACGCAGUAGCCCCAGACAUUGCCAGCCGGGUGCAGAGAAGUCCAGAAAAUGAUGAGGUGAUCCCGGACUCUCCCCUUGGGAGAGGAGAACCACUGCAGACGCCGGAGAGCCUCAAAGCCAGCAGGAGCCCCUGCUCUUCAGACAGCAUGGCAUACAAGUCCCCAACGGACACAGAGAGAGACACCACCGAGGACAACACUAGUUCAGGGACACCACCUUCAGUUCAGCGAGCGCCACUCACCAAACGUGUCUCUCAGGACCCUGACCCGGUCUGGGUUCUCAACCUGCUGAAGAAGCUGGAGAAACAGUUCAUGACCCACUACAUAGACGCCAUGGCUGAGUUCAAGGUGCGUUGGGACCUGGAUGACAACGCAAUGCUGAAUGCCAUGAUCACUGAGCUGAAAGACGAGGUGAAGAACAGGAUCCAGAAGAGCAUUGACCGAGAGCUAAGGAAGAUCCAGGGGAGGGCAGGGCGGGUGGGCAAGCCACGCCCCCCUAUUCUGUCCCGGGAAUCAUCCGCGACAGACCAGAGGAGGCGGAGGCUAAAGGUGAUGAAGGUCCACUCGGUGAACCAGAGCGACGGGGAACAGGGAUCGGGCGCGGACGUCAGUGACCAGCGCAGCGAGGGCGAGGACGAGUACUGCCCCUGCGACACCUGCGUGCGGAAGAAAGCGGAAGCCCAGCAGAUGAAAAUGGAGGCCAUGGUCACAACGGCGCCUGUGAUCAUGGCGUUUGACCUGCGUAAGAUCCUGAUGAUGAAGAAAGACCCAGAGCCUACGGCGCCCCCUAGCCCCAUGGAGGGGAAGAACAACAACCAGGAGGAGACAGAGGAGGAGACAGAGGAUGCUAUGCCAACUGUUGUCAUAGAGGAAACGAUCCCAGAGGAGGAUGAAGAGGGGGAAGAGGAGAAAGGGCAGGAGGAGAUAGAUGAGGAAAUAGAAGCUGAAGAUCUGGAGGAUGAAGAGGUGGAGGAAACUGGGCAGGAGGAGGAGGAGGAUGCAGGGGAAGGAGAGGCAGGAGGUGAAAGUGCAGCUGAAGCAGUAGAUGAUGAAACUGAGGUGGGGGAAGGAUCAGCUGAGGAGGAGACUGCAGGAGAUACAGACAACGCUAAAGAGGAGACAGAGGAGGGAGGGUCAAGAGGAGAGGAGGGAGGAUCAGGAGGAGAGGAGAACAAUGUGGUUUCUGAAUUGAAGGUGGGGGAAGACGAGGGUGAGACAGGGGGAGGACAGGAGGAGACUCCCGAAGCGGAAGGUAAUGUGGAGGGAGGAGAGGAGGUGAUGCAGGAGGAGGAGUUAAAACCUGAAGAAGAAAAGAGUGAAGCGACUGAGAGAGAGAGACAAAUCCCUGUGAUCCACCAGAUGACCAGAACAUCUGUGGAGUCCCAGCCAGGAUCUUUGGAGAACAUGGACCCAGUUUCAACAAUGUCCUCCUUAAUUCCCGUAAAACCAAAGAAAACUAGCACUGAUGGACACAAGAUGGCAUCUACAGGUGAGGGUUCUGGGGGGAAAGGUCAGCGGAGGAGCCGUUCACCAGCGAGAACCAAACGCAGAAAACCCAGAGACAGGCAUAUAGAGCCAGAAGAACUAGACAUGUAAUCCUGACAGGACAUAGAACUGGACAUCAAGUGUCUGUAACCACUGCAGGACAGAUAACUGGACGUCCUAGAUCUUUAGGUGUUACAUAACAGUCACAUCAAGCACUUUAUAAUCCCAUCUCCGGGUUAGGAAUAUCCAGACCGGAGGGACUGGAAAGAUGAAGGUAGAUUCUGCCAAGUCUGAGGACAGAAUGGCAUACACUGGUUGUUUUUAUUGAAGGAUUUAACUGAAACUUGAAACAAUCCUAACAUUAUACAAUCCAUAAGAUGUGUAAAAAUUGCAUUUGUAUAUUUCUAGGAACUAUGUGUAUUUAUGUAUGAUGAUAUUUUCAUUGAGGCCUGUGCAUUGUGUACUGCAUGAGGAUGCGAGUGUUUGUGUCUCUGAAUAGGUGUGACGUCAAACACACCCCGGAGCAGUUUUACCUGAACAGGGGCCCAUGCAGAGACCAAGUCCUCAUAUUAAGGCCUGAAAUAUGGUUUCGUUUCAAAAGCACUGCUCUAAGGACACCCAGAAUAUAGACACUAGCACAGGUCUACUGGACCUCACAUGAAGGGUAGUUUCACAUAGCCCUAACAUAUACCUCCCAGUGGCUGUAGGCAUGAGGGGAAUGUAUUCAGAGUAACAACCACACAAUAUAUGUCUGAGAUACAGGAUAAGCACCACACCAUGUACUUUUUAGGAUUACUGUAGGGUUAUUACAAAGCUCAGUGUCGGGGUGUCAAUGUUGAAAUCUCAGGGACUCUGGACAGCAGGGUUGUGUAACGUACAGUGAUGCGCAUGGAUGGACCUUUAAUAUAUGUCUAUAGCAUCUUAUAGGAUGCACACAUAGCCUACAAUGGAUUGUACCCGAGCCCACAUCUCAUUGUUUAACCAGCAGCCCUUUUCCCCAUGGCCAGAUUAACUCACUGGUUCAUUUGCUCACUGCAGUGCAUUCGCUUUUCAGACAUUGUGGAGUUGCACACUUUGUGUGUCGCUGUGUAACUGGUUCUUGGGUCACGUUGUUGCUCUCAGGGUUGUUGUUGUGUGUCAUUGGAGGUCACACCCAAGCUAGCCAGGUAUUUAACCAGGGUAAUCACAGGGAGGUAGCCAGGAAUAUAACCAGGGUAAUCACAGGGAGGUAGCCAGGAAUAUAACCAGGGUAAUCACAGGGAGGUAGCCAGGAAUAUAACCAGGGUAAUCACAGGGAGCAAGCCAGGAAUAUAACCAGGGUAAUCACAGGGAGCAAGCCAGGAAUAUAACCAGGGUAAUCACAGGGAGCUAGCCAGGUAUUUAACCAGGGUAAUCACAGGGAGCUAGCCAGGAAUAUAACCAGGGUAAUCACAGGGAGCUAGCCAGGAAUAUAACCAGGGUAAUCACAGGGAGCUAGCCAGGAAUAUAACCAGGGUAAUCACAGGGAGCAAGCCAGGAAUAUAACCAGGGUAAUCACAGGGAGCUAGCCAGGAAUAUAACCAGGGUAAUCACAGGGAGCAAGCCAGGAAUAUAACCAGGGUAAUCACAGGGAGCAAGCCAGGAAUAUAACCAGGGUAAUCACAGGGAGCUAGCCAGGAAUAUAA